UUUUUUUAACUACCUCUUUUUAGUGGUUAUGUUUUCUCUGUUAACAUUUACUCUUUCCAAUUUUUUAAUAUAAGUCGUUUUAGAGAAAAUUUUAUGUUCCAAAUUAAAUUAUAUGACGUUUUCGGUUUUCUAUGUAAAAUUUAUUAAUAUUUAAUGUUAUAUGAUCAAUGAUAAUAUACUUUCUAUUUUAUUAUUGGUUGAUUUGUGGUUAGAUAAAUAAUUAAUGAUGUUUUUGUUUAGAAAAUAAAAAAAAUUAGUGAUUUUUUUAAUUUAUGUACACAAUUUUAAAACAAACGGAACGAAUAUUUAUUAACUCUCCAAAAUUCGAAAUUGUAUAUAAUUAAAAUGGCUUUAGGGACAGGCAAUUACUAAAGUCCAUUAUGUGUUUAUUCUCCUCAACGUAAGAGCUCGUAGGUAUUCAAGCCCACUAGGGCCACUACCAUUUGAACUGCCCAUGUUUUACGUUGAUCAUUUAAUUAAAUCACAUUCCGUCAACGCUUGCCGGCGAUUUGCCAAACAGCUACGACUUUACGUAGCGUUACUACAGCUUCACUCUUCAAUUUACCAAACUAACCCCACCUCCUUCUCUCACUUUCUUCCAUGGCCUCUAUAUAUAUAAGGUGGUGUUACUAGGAGCUUAAAAUAUCAAACACACCUCACCUCUCAAUGGCCUCCCAAGACAAUGUGUCCAGAUCCGAAGCUCCUAAUGCCAGUGAUUCUCGCAUUGCGCUGGCUAAGGUUGCACUUGUCACCGGGAUCACCGGGCAGGACGGAUCAUACCUGACGGAGUUCCUGCUCCAAAAAGGCUACGAGGUCCACGGCCUGAUCCGACGAUCCUCAAAUUACAACACUCAGCGGAUCAACCAUAUCUACGUCGAUCCCCACAACGCCAACAAAGCUCGCAUGAAGCUCCACUACGCUGAUCUCUCUGAUGCCUCCUCCCUCCGCCGUUGGCUCGACGUCAUCAAGCCUGACGAGGUCUACAACCUUGCUGCUCAGUCCCACGUUGCUGUCUCCUUCGAGAUCCCUGACUACACUGCUGAUGUCGUAGCUACUGGAGCUCUCCGCCUCCUGGAGGCGGUGAGGUCUCACAUGGCUGACAAUGGCCGUAACAUCAAGUACUACCAGGCCGGAUCCUCGGAGAUGUUCGGGUCAACUCCUCCUCCGCAAUCUGAGACGACGCCGUUUCACCCGAGAUCUCCUUACGCUGCCUCCAAAUGCGCUGCUCACUGGUACACAGUCAACUACCGAGAAGCAUACGGCCUGUACGCCUGCAACGGGAUCCUAUUCAACCACGAGUCACCCCGCCGAGGCGAGAACUUCGUGACUAGGAAAAUAACCAGGGCCCUGGGGAGGAUCAAGGUCGGACUACAGACCAAGCUCUUCCUGGGAAACAUACAGGCGUCAAGGGACUGGGGGUUCGCGGGGGACUACGUGGAGGCAAUGUGGCUGAUGCUGCAGCAGGAGAAACCAGAUGACUACGUGGUGGCAACUGAGGAGUCUCACACGGUCGAGCAGUUUCUGGAAGUGUCCUUCGGGUACCUUGGCCUCAGCUGGAAAGACCACGUGGAGAUAGACAAGAGGUACUUCAGGCCAACGGAGGUUGACAAUCUGAAAGGCGACGCGAGCAAGGCGAAGGAAGCGUUGAAGUGGAAGCCCAAAGUAGGGUUCGAGCAGCUGGUGAAGAUGAUGGUGGACGAAGAUCUGGAGAUGGCUAAGAGGGAGAAAGUGCUCGUUGAUGCUGGUUACAUUGACGCUCAGCAGCAACCUUAAAACUUGGCCAAACUAAAAAACAGGCUUACCAUUAUGUGAAUCUAAUAUUCUGUUUCAAGUUUUUUUUUCUUUCCAUUUUCUUGUUUGAUUUUGUAUCACAUAUGAAUUUUCCUACGUUACAACAAAUAGCUUCCUAUUGUUCACGAGCGAUUAUACAAAUAGGAAAACAAACUUAACAAAACAAGUACUGAAAGCGUGAAGUAGAAAAGAAAAACACAAAGGAGAUGGAACAAUAGAACCAUCAUCUUGCAUUUAUGCAAAAAU